AUGCAUCUCCGGAUACUCUGCAUAAUCUUGGCCCUCAGCAUGGUGGAUUCAAUUUGCUGCAACUCUAUUUGUGUUUUUUUGGCCGCUUCAUCCGCUUUAUCCCGAUCUACAACGGACAAUGACAUCGAUGCAUCCACCGAAGCCUACUCCUUUGACUUGACAUCCGAGGAAUCGAACGACUUCACGGACGAUGCGAAGCGCUUCAACCACCCAAUGCCCACGAAAUAUGAUCGGAAUUGCUGGUUCUCGCCGCUCGGAUGCCUGUAUCCGAAAGGAGUCGACGUGUCUACCUUCUCCGGCUCAAACGUUGAGAGCAAACACAAGAAACUGAGGCACAAGAAGAGAAGACGUGCCUUUAUUGAGAAU